UCACCAUCGUCGCUUUAAGUUUUUGACAUAUUUCACUCAUGCGCAGUUCCGAGAUUGCAAGUUUUCAUGUCAACAAAGAACAAAUACAACAGAAGCUCGGUCUUUUAUUUAAUUAUUUCUAAUCGUUUUUCUGAAUAGAAAUUUGCUCAUUGUUUUAUUGUGUUUAUAUUCAAAAAUCAAAAAUUGUGGAAAGAAAUCAAAAAGAUAGCCUCAUUCAGAAAAUAAGAAAGGGAUUUCUUAAACCAGAGAGUCAAUGGAUGCGAUCAAUUUUAUUAAGCUUCGAGAGGAAAUAAUUUGGUCACUUUGCUCCUGUGGAAAUUACACAGAAUGGGCUCAACAUUUUGAGAAAAUAAUAGAGAGACUGCAACCAAAUUCACAAAUAUGUGAAUUAAUUAUGGAUUUGUCUGUCACAAGUCAAGUUCACAGAGAUUACUUGAUAGAUUUUGCCUCGUGGCUUUGCUCAAAUAGUGAGGAAUAUCGUCAGAUUUAUGAGGAAAUUUUUAAAAAUUCUUACGAAACAAUUUCGCAAGGAGAUGUGGAAUCAGAUCAUCAUCGAAUUUAUGAAGAAACAAAGUUCUUUGCGGUUCUCUUCUGGAGAGAUUCGAUUUCAUGGAAUAUCUUAUCCUGUAUCACAUUAAAAGAGUAUUCCAGUUCCUGCAAGGAAUAUUUUAUAACUCUAUUGCUGCUGGAAAUGUCUAGAAAUUUGGGCAGUGAAAAUUUAUGUGCUCGACUCAUGGAUCCAAAUUUACAGAAAAAGCUGGAUGGACUCUUUCCCAAGGAUAAAAUAGAAAACUCUCUUUAUGCGAUGAGAAUAUUCGAGCUUGUUAAUUUACAACAAUUGGCGCUAGAUCUUCAGAAAUGUCUGAACACAACAGAAAAUGAUGAAUUAACGCUUGGAGUGGAACAAAUGAGUUUAUAAAAGACUUUUAAGGAAGCUCAGAAAAUUAUUCCUCAUUAUAAAAAGAAAUACUUGUAUAUUUUAAAGAUUAAUGUAUAAUAACUGCAAUUUUGUAUUAUUUUUUAUGUAGAUAACAUGUAUAUAUAAGUAAGUCAUAAAUAAAAUUAGGGUAAUUUAAUCAUUUAA